ACAUGGCGGCGGCGCCGGCAGCGGCCGCGCGCGCCCCGAGGUUGUCCGCGGGCAGGUGUUCGAGCGGGUGCCGCGCUGCAGCAACCUGCCACCUCGGCGAGGACUCCCGCGGCUUCGAGUGGACAUGGAAUCAACCUAUGUGCCAUCAACAGAUGACUGGAUAAAGAAUACGUGGUAUAUAUAGAUAUACAAUUGACUAUUACUCAGCCAUAGAAAAGAAUGAAAUACUGCCAUUUGCAGCAACAUGGAUGGACCUAGAGACUGUCACAUGGAAUCAAGUAAGUCAGACAGAGAAAGACAAAUAUAUGAUCUCACUUAAGUGUACAAUCUAAAAAAAUGAUACAAAUGAACCUAUUUAUAAAACAAAUAGAUUCACAGACGUAGAAAACAAAUUCAUGGUUAUCAAAGGGGGGAAAGGAGGGAAGGGAUAAAUCGGGAGUAUGGGAUUAACAAAUACACAUCGAUAAAUAUAUAUAUAAUGUAGGUAAACAAUAAGGAUUAACUGUACAGCACAGGGAACUAUAUUCAAUAUAUUUUAAUAACCUAAAUGGAAAAGAAAUCUGAAAAAAAAUUAUAUGUAUUUUAUAUAUCUGAAAACAUAUAACUGAGUCACUUUGCUAUACACCUGAAACUAAUACAGUAUUAUAAAUCAACUAUACUUCAACUUAAAAAAAUGUUUUCCUAGAACUCCAAGCCCUUUAAUGAUUUAUUCUCAGGGACUCCACUGUUUCUGCUUAGAGAAAUGCUCAUUCAUUCCAGUAUUUUAUUUCAAAAUUAUUUGCUCAUCAUCUCAAGAGACCCUGUUUUACUCUUUUGGCCACACUUCAUAAUGGUUGUGACUUUGUAGUGGAUAACAUGAGAGUUCCUAACAGAUUAAGCAAAAUUGCCCUCAUAAAAAGGACCGUAUUGAGGAAAUGAUACCUGUUUUUACUCCUACAUUUUAUUUUCUUAGUGUUCUUGAAGUAUAUGUGUAAUACCAAAAUCGUAUUAGGAUAAUCAGAAUGUAUAUCUCGCUUUAAAGUUUCUCUAGGGCAGAGCCAGGCAGGCAGGAGCAGGCCGGAAGGCGGAACCGCGAUGCCACGGUGGAGCGCAACCCGGGAGAGCAGCCGGGGCCGGGACCGAGCACCAGGCAUAGUGCGAGCGGGAGCCGCAGCCAGAGCCUGGGCCAGGCCGCGGGGUCCAGGACCGCAGGGCCGCGCUGCUUGUAGCCGCGGCGACGCAGUCCCCCUGCGGCUGAGGGGCUUCCUCCCAGCUGCUGCCGGUGGCCGGAGCUCAGCAAGCCCCCGCAGCCUGGGAGCACGGGGAUUCCCCCCACCACAUUGAGGAUCCAGAGACAGCCAGGAAAGCGGGGUGCCUAUCCAGAUUCAACACAGAGCGACUCCCCAGCCGGGGAAAGUGGAGACUACCUCUGUAUUCAGAAGACAGCGACCUCCCUGCGGUACCGUGAGGACUCCUCCUCUUCAGUCUGGGCCCCCACAAGAUCUAGAAUGCAGUAACCUCCUUGUCCAGGAUUGUGGGGACCUCUUCUCAAGAUCCUGCUCACUACAACUCCACACCUCAAGACACGAAGACCCAGCUCAGAAUGCCCCUAGAUCAAGGAUCUUGGACGCCCCCCCAAUUCCGGUACACAGAAAUCCCAAAUCUAGGGACCUGAAGACAGCAAGAGGCCUCAGGGACUCUCCUACCCCACCAAAGCUCCAGGGCCGGGCUGACAACGAAAACCGAGACGGCGCCCAGGCCCCCUGCUGUGGCUUCCCGAGGCCCCAGCCCAGGGAGAUGAGCAUGGGCUGCCCAGAGCCCGAGCCGCCCCACUCCCUGCCCUGCUGUGGGCCAGGGACUGCCCCAGGGCUGGGUGCCGCACUGACCCUCUGCACGCGGGCCGCGAGUGACGUCACCAAGCAGUAGGAACUUGACCGGGAGCUGGGCAAGGGCGCCUAUGGGCAGGUCGAUCUGGUAGCCGACAAGGGCACAGGCACGAAGACGGCGCUGAAGUUUGUGAACAAGUGCAAAACCAAGCUGAAGAACUUCCUGCGAGAGGUGAGCAUCACGAACAGCCUCUUCUCCAGCCCCUUCAUUAUCAAGGUCUUCCAUGUGGUUUUUGAGACCGAAGACUGUUACCUCUUCACCCAGGAGUACGCGCCCGCUGGGGACCUGUUGGACAUCAUUUCUCCUUAGGUGGGGCUCCCCGAGGACACGGUGAAGCGCUGCGUGCAGCACCUGGGCCUGGCGCUGGACUUCAUGCACCGCGACAUCAAGCCGGAGAACGUGCUGCUCUUCGGCUGCCAGCGCCGCGGCGUGAAGCUGGCCGCCAACUUGGGCAUGACGCGCCGCGUGGGCCGCCGCUUGAAGCGGGUCAGCGGCACCUUCCUGCUUCCGGCGACUGAGGCGUGCCAGGCGGGCCGCGCCCACGGCUUCGCGGUGGACACGGCCGUGGACGUGUGGGCCUUUGGCGUGCUCAUCUUCGGCGUGCUCACCGGCAGCUUCUCGCGGGAGGCGGUGUCGGGCGCUGACGCCUUCUUCGAGUUCGUGCCCUGGCAGUGGGGCCGCCUGCGGGGGCUGCCGUGGCAGUGGCGCCGCUUCACAGAGUCGGCGCUGGGUGUGUUUCAGCGGCUCCUGGCGCUGGAGCCUGAGCGCUGCCAGCCGGCCAAGGAGGUCUUCUUCCACUUCCUCAAGCAUGAGCUCACGUCCGAGCUGCAGCGCCGGCCCUCGCACCGCGCGCGCAAGCCGCCGGGGAACUGCCCGCUGGCCGCCGGGCCGCUGGGCCUCGAGGCGCCCAGGCCGCUCAAGCGGACGGUGCAGACUUAGAGCGGUAGCUGUUCCGCCUGCGCCACGUGCGCCGUCGGGCCCAGGCCCGUCGUCUUCCCGGUGCCCGUGCCCGAGCCAGGCCUACCCCACCCCCCCAACACCGGGUCCCCUGGCAGGACCGACGGCCGCCGGGACAAGAGCAGAGGGCAGACGGUGCUGGCCACGGCCAUCGAGAUCUGCGUCUGAGCCGCCUCCGCCGCCCUCCGGCCCGGGCGCCGUGCAGCAGCCAGGCGGGGGCGCGGGGAGCCGCCCUGGGCCAAACCGGCCAGGCCGCGCGGUGGCAGGAGGGAGUAGCGGUAGAUGAAACAGGCGCCCGGCCGGGGCGGGCUGGUGAGAUCGCCACCAAAAGACCUCUUGCCCCGCCUGUGGGAACCAAGCCCUACAGGCGGAGGAUUCAGAAGCCCCGACACCAGGAGCAAGGGAGCUUGCUGGCGGACUCCCCCACACCUCCCUGAACCCUGGAACCCCGACUAGUUGCUCCUGCCCUGUGACCCCCUGGCAGAUCCUCCUGCGGUCCCACCCCUGGUCCUGCCCUUCCCCCCCACCUGCCCACUCUGGGCACAUAAAGACUGAAAUACUGGGUCAGAGAAUGGGCUUCAGACCCCUGGGCGCUGGCCGGGAGGAGGGUGAAGAGCUGAGGGCAGGGGUGUGACUCAGCUGCUACUUGCCCCUUUGCUGGGAGGCUGGAGAGGAGGGACCAAGCCCCCUGCAAAAUAUAGCAAUGUCUGGAUGUUGCUGAAGCCUGUGUGUGUAGGCACAGGCCCCAAGGAUCCAGUGACUACCCUCUUCUCAGUCUCCUGGUGAGGACACUGAGUCCACAAAGAGGGAGGCCUGCUGAGAUCCCAGCCAUAGAGGUGUGGUUCUGGCAGCCUCCCCCCUCCGCCACAGGGAUAUCAGGACAACUGAAGGGCUCUCAGGGCAGUGGCCUCAACAUCCCUGGGUCGGGGGAGUGCGUGCAGAGCACAGGGCCAGGCCCAGCUCCACCUGCUGCCUGCCGCCCAGAGAACCUGUCUCAGAUCUUCUCAGUCCUUGCCGCCCCAGCCCAGACUCAGUGUCCUGGGCUUCAGGCAGGCAGCUAGGUGAUUUGUGCCAGGAAUUUCUCCUGGGUUUCUGCUGGGGUCCAACAUGCUAGCCUGGGGCUGCCCCCAUCCCCAUGUCUCCCAGGUUGUUGGUACUGGAGUGUGGAUGUGAGGAUGGGGCGCCAUGGAAUUGGAAGAGGGUGAAUGUGCACAGGUGUGCACGUAGCCUGUAUGUUCGGUGACUGCAUCCAGACACCUCAGUAAGUCUGCACAAGGAUUCCCACCAGGCAGCUGCCAGAGGGCGUCCAGGCCUGUGUUUCAACACACCCCUCGGAACCGGGCCAGGAGGCACCAGCAGGUGCAGGUAGCAUGAUUUGAUCCAUAUCAAGGCAAUGAAAUCAUAUGUGAAUACACUAAGCCUCCAAAAAAUCCAGGUUUCAAGAAUCGAGAAGGUUUGAAGGGCCAGUGCCUUGCUCACGUGAACCCACUCCUGGCUUCUGGACGUAGCAGAAGUGCACAGGGCUGAAUGUUUCUGGCCCCCCGCAAAUUUGUAUGUAGAAAUCCUAACUCCUAAAGAUGAUGGGAGGUGGGGCCGUGGGAAAGUGCUUGUGAGCUUCCAUGAAUGGGAUUAAUGCCUAAUAGAAGAGACCGCAGAGAGCUCAUUAUUCCUCCCACCAUGUGAGGACACAGAGAGAAGACUCCGGCUGAGCCAGGAAGAGAGCUCUCCCUCUGAGGUGACCAUGCUGGCAACUUGAUUGUCUAAUUCCCAGCCUCCAGAACCACGAUAAAAAACAUUUCUGCUGUUUUUAAUCUACCCAGUCUAUGAUAUAUUGUUAGAGCCACCUUAAUGGAUUAAGACAACAUGUUUCAAACCUUAUGUGGAGAGUGGGGAUGGUCUUAUUUCUGCAAACUGAGAAUAAAUUGGGUAGAGAUAACAUAUGAAAGAGUUUUUUAAGUAGAAGAUUUUGGAUUCUUGGAUUUAAAAGUACUGGAUUGGCUUAAGAAAGGAUGAGUGUGUGUGUGCACGCACACGCGUGUGCAUGUGUGUUCGCAGUAUGUCCCAAAAGCUUUGUGCAGUUUAAAGCUAAUAACCCCAGAAUUAGAAGAGCUAUAUUGCAAGGAUACAAGGAUUUUUCAAUACCCACAAAUCAAACAGUAUGAUACCCCACAAAUCAAACAGUAUGAUACACCACAUUAACUAAUGGAAGAAUACAUCUCAAUGGAUGCAGAAAAAUCUUUUGAGAAAAUUCAACAUCCAUUUAUGAUAAAAACUCUCCAGAAGGUUGGCAUAGAGGGAACAUAUACUUCAAUAUAAUAAAGGCCUUAUAUGACAAACCCACAGCUAACAUCAUACUCAACGGUGAAAAGCUAAGAGCAUUUCCUCUAAGAUCAGGAACAAGAAAAGGGUGCCCACUCUUACCACUUUUAUUCAACAUAGUUUUGGAGGUCCUAGCCACAGCAAUCAGAGAAGGAAAGGAAAUAAAAGGGCUCCUAAUUGGAAAAGAAGUAAAAUUGUCACUGUUGCAGAUGGCAUGAUACUCUGCUUAGAAAAUCCUAGACGCUACAGGAAAACGCCUAGAACUCAUCAAUGAAGUUGGUAAAGUUGCAGGAUACAAAAUUAUACACGGAAGUCUGUUGCAUUUCUAUACAAUAACAAUGAAAUGUUAGAAAGAAAAAUUAAGGAAACAGUCCCAUUUACCAUUGCAUCAAAAGAAUAAAAUACCUACGAAUAAGCCUACCUACAUAGGCAAAAGACCUGCACGGCCAAAGAAAAGGAAAUAAUGCCAUUGCAGCAACAUGGAUGGACCUAGAGGUUAUCAUAGGAAGUGAUGUAAAUCAGACCAGAGAAUCACAGAUAUCAUACCAUAUCACCAUAUCAUACCAUAUCAUACCGUAUCACUUAUGUGUGGAAUCUUAAAAACUGAUACAAAUGAAUUCAUUUACAAAAUAGAAAGAAACCUACAGGCAUAGGAAACAAACUAUGGUUACAAAAGAGGGAAGGGGCAGGGGGAAGGAUAAAUUAGAAGUUUGGGAUUAACAAAUACACA